GCCAGAUAUUCCGAUCUACUAUUUAGGGCGUCCGUCCCCAUUGGAGCUUUCGAACCUUCUCCCAUGGCUUCCGGCGUAGCUCAACGCUCCUCCUAGGGCUUCCCUCUCUACCUUUUACCGAGAGUCUUUUGGAGUGAGUUCUCGUCUAUUGCUGCUCCUUCCUUUUUCACCGAGAAAUCUCGCUUUUUUAGGGCUCGUCUCCCGUUGCCGCAGAUCCUUGUUUCGGUUAGUUCCUUCUUCUCUAACUGGGGGCAUGUUAGAGAAAUGGUGAAGUUGUUUCAGUUGGUGAUUAAGAAACAAUUUUUCCCUCCAUAGCGAUUCUUAGGAGAUUUGGUCACAUCGUUGUGGAGAUGGCUCCAGCAGUGGAAAGAAGAGACAAUGUGAGGCGGUAUGCAUCUGAUCGGUCUAAUUCUCCGGCGAGGGACCGGCAUUCCCCACGUAGGAAGGGCUCUCCUCGAAGAGAUAGGCCCUCUGCCCAUCGGAGGAGCUCCCCAAAAAUGAGAUCACCAGCUAGAACCAGCUCAUCGCAUAAGCUCAGAUCGCCGGUAAAAGAAAAGCUGUCCAAUCGACCUAGGUCUCCCAAACAUGAGCGACCAAGAUCGCCUGUUAGGACUAGUUCUUCCCGUUCACCAUCACCGCGCACAAAACGCUUGAGGCAGGCUCGAUCAGAGAGGGAGGCAGAGAAGUUGGUGGACAAGGAUCAUGGGAGGAACACUAGCAGGGAGGGACGUGAUAAGGGGAGGCACAGUGUACAUGGGGACAAAAGGGAUGUUUCAAGUGAUAGGAGAUUAGUGAGAGAUAAAAGUGAUAUCAGCUCAAUGAAAUCAUUGAGGCAUGAUCGCUCAGUAUCUCCAGAGGAGCGUUCCCACAGGAGCAGACAGAGGUCCCAUACCCCUCCUAGGGUUCCCAAGGCUGGGGCACGUGAUGAGGCAAUGAAUGUGAGAGCUGCUGAACAGUCUAGGGAUAUUGAUCAUGAUUCUGUUGGUAAGAUGAAUGCAGCUGCCGAAAGCCUGGAAGCAAAAGAAAAGCAAAAGCCAUCAUUUGAACUUUCUGGGAAGCUUGCUGAGGAGACAAAUCGUGUUCGAGGUGUAACUUUACUAUUUAAUGAACCACCAGAUGCCCGUAAACCAGAUGUAAGAUGGCGGCUGUAUGUUUUCAAGGCUGGUGAAGUGCUAAACGAGCCCCUUUAUAUACACCGUCAGAGCUGUUACCUUUUUGGAAGAGAAAGGAGGGUCGCAGAUAUUCCUACGGAUCAUCCAUCUUGUAGCAAACAGCAUGCUGUUCUUCAGUACAGGCUUGUGGAAAAGGAGCAACCAGAUGGCUUAAUGUCAAAGCAACCGAGAAUAUGUACUGUUGCACGAGAACUCAGCUGGGUGAACUAUCUUAAUGUAGGAAGAGAAUUCCUGACCCCGCUAUUUUGCAAUUCCGCAUCAAAUUUCAAUGCAUGGUAUUCAAGAACCAGUUUCAUGAAGAUGCUGCUUUUGGCUCGACACUAUGGUGUGUUUACUCUUUCUUCCAUAAAGGACAUGUGUUUUUGCUUAUUCUCUGGCUUAUGGAAGUUUAUUUUGUUGGAGGUUAGAAAAGGUGAUUACAUGUACAACUGUACAAGUUUUAUUGUUUUUGAUGAAAUGUACCAAUGUUUUCAGAUUUCUGUGAGGUGCCAAAAUGUUACUGGAGCACAUUCCUUAGUAAUAUUAGCAUUCCGUUUUUUGAUGCAACUUGUGAUUUUCUUUUUUCUUUCCCCUGCGUGUCCUUUGUUUUCUUUGACAAUAUUGAUGUGAGUCAAUGCAGUCUUAAUUUGAUGGAAAGAAUUCUAGA